GCCUGGCUCUGGCUGACUGUCAAGAAAGAAGACUCCCAUCUCCUCUUCUUCUGGAUACAAUGUCUCCGCUCCAGAAAGGCUGAUGAGUCUGUCUUAAGCCAAUUUCCAACAUGGAUGGUGCACCUGAGCCGGUCUGAAACACUUGAACCGUUCGUAAUUUUUACACUGCUCUCACGCUGGAUGACAGGAGAUGGGACGCUGCGGCCCUGCACCACACCAUGAGUAUCCAGAGUCUGGGAGGAGCCAUAGGGGAUUCCCUGGGCUCUAGCCUGACGGUGCGUAUGAGCGGAGCAGGCGGAGGGUGGAGUGCUCUCCCUCUGAAACCUGUUUCCACUGGACGGAUCACCUCUCUAUUCCAGACCAUGGUCCCCACAGGUUACACCAAGCUGCAGGAGGAGCGGCUGGCCAUGGUGGACGUCGGAGCCAAACCAGAGGCCGUCUCGCAGAACGGCUACAGACAGGAGACGUCACACACAGAGGGCCGGCGGCUCAUGGACCGGGCCUCUCGCUCCUCCGUGACUUUGUCUGACUGCGGAGAUGGAGGCUACUCUGAAACGGAGCCCAUGCUGGCUGAGAGGACGCUCUCCGCUGAGGAGGCAGGUGAGGAGGAGGAGGAAGAGGACGAGGAGGAAAGGCCGAGAUCGACUGUGCAGAACAUGCCAAAGGAGUCGCCGCUGGCCAUGGCGCUGCAGAUCUUGCUGCCUUUCUUGCUGGCCGGAUUUGGAACUGUAUCAGCUGGAAUGGUGCUGGAUAUUGUGCAGCACUGGGAGGCGUUCCAGUACAUCACCGAGAUCUUCAUCCUGGUCCCUGCUCUGCUCGGCCUCAAGGGGAACCUGGAGAUGACCCUGGCCUCCAGGCUGUCCACAGCGGUGAAUGUGGGCAAGAUGGAUUCUCCCAUAGAGAAGUGGAAUCUAAUCAUAGGCAACCUGGCCCUGAAGCAGGUCCAGGCCACGGUGGUGGGCUUCUUGGCCGCCGUAGCAGCCGUGGUUCUCGGCUGGAUCCCGGAAGGGAAGUUCCAGAUGAGCCACGCUGUGCUGCUCUGCUCCAGCAGCGUGGCCACGGCCUUUAUAGCCUCCAUGCUGCAGGGUUUCAUCAUGGUGGGUGUAAUUGUGGGUUCGAAGAAGACGGGCAUCAACCCAGACAACGUAGCCACACCCAUCGCCGCCAGUUUUGGUGACCUCAUAACCCUGGCGAUCCUGGCCUGGAUAAGCCAGGGCCUCUACAAGUGCCUGGAUACUUACCCGUACGUGUCGUCACUGGUGUGCGCCUUCUUCAUGUGUCUGACUCCUCUGUGGAUCGUCAUCUCCUCCAAGCACCCGGCCAGCCGCACCCUGCUCUACUCCGGAUGGGAGCCAGUCAUCACUGCCAUGGUCAUCAGCAGCAUCGGAGGGCUCAUCCUGGACAAAACAGUGUCUGACCCAAAUCUGGCCGGCAUCGUAGUGUACACACCGGUUAUCAACGGUAUCGGGGGCAACCUGGUGGCUAUUCAGGCCAGCAGGAUCUCCACCCACCUGCAUUUCCACUGUGCUCCGGGGGAGGUUCCCGACGAGGCCAAGGGCUGCUACUACCCCUGCCGCACGUUCUGGGGUUCAGGAGCCAACCAUCGCUCCGCUCAGGUGCUGAUCCUUUUGGUGAUCCCUGGUCACCUGAUCUUCCUCUACACCAUCCACCUGAUGAAGAGCGGACACACCACCCUGACCCCCAUCUUUAUGUCCGUCUACCUGGCUGCUGCCAUGCUGCAGGUGUUGCUGUUGUUGUGUAUAUCAGACUGGAUGGUGCACUCCAUGUGGCGGAGUGGCAAAGAUCCGGACAGUUUUUCCAUCCCUUACCUGACGGCUCUGGGCGACCUGUUGGGCACCGCCCUGCUGGCGCUCAGCUUCCACUUCCUGUGGGUCAUAGGAGACCAGGACAGCGAUGUGGGCGACUGAGGCGGGCCACCUUUGACAACAAGGCAUCGAUGGUGGCAGAAAGAAAAGCCCAGCCUCUGCCACCCGACUAUUCAAUCCCUUAAGCCUUGUGGGAACGUGGGUGCUCUCUGCCACUGGCCAGCACAUUCCUCUGCUUCACCUCACUUCAACCACAUGAUGGUUUUGAGAACUAUUUUCUGCCCUUGGUUUUUUUUUUUCGACAUACAAAAGACAUUAUAUUCCAAAAAUUUAGACUGUUCUCAGCACAGAUUUUGAUCUGCAUAGUUUGCACCAGAGCACUUGCAUAUUUUAUUGCCAGUCUUGCUAAGAGGAGCAGAAAAACCUCCCCCACAGCAUUGCCGCUGCUGGCAAGGUGGUUAACUCUGCCAGCCAAGCAUUGGUUGGAGGUCUUCUGCUUCAAAAAAUCUCUUUUGUCGGUCUAUAUUUUGGGGAUUUACCACCCACCGUGUCACAAACUCCAUUACCUGCCUUGUGUGUUACGGCUUUGCAACAUCAAGUCAGUGGAGGGACACAUAGACGACUACGGUGGAGGUUUAUCCAAGAUCAAGUGAACAAACGCUUUGAGCCCAUGUUAGCAGGUCUACCAGCACCAGGGUUAGGAGGGAAAAGCAUACAUUUGUUCGUUUAUCCCCUUUUUUAUGUGUCUGUUUUUCCCAGUAUCCAAAUCUGCUCUUUCCGUACACAACAGUUCUAUUUUCCCUUUUUCAGUAUUUUUAGUUCCUCCACACUGUUCCCUGCAAGGCUAAGGCUGGAACAUUGCUCCCGGCUGCACAUAAUCCAACAUGCACGAAGCAUUUCUGCGACUGAAUUUAUGUUUUAUACGUACAGAAGGAAACUUUUUUUUUUUCCUCAUUUGUUUUUUCAAACCUUCCUCCUGACUGGAUGUUGGAUUAGGGGUUCCCAACUUUUUUGGUAGACCAGCAAGUAAAUCAAGUCCAUUCUCACAGACCAAUUCUAUAGCGCUUUAUUCUGAAUUUAAAUAUUUUCUAUCAAGAUUCAGUGCGCUGAAUGAUGCUAACAUAGGGACAUGGACGAAAUUACAAAAAAUGCAAUAAAUUGAUAAUGUUAAAAGUCAUUAAGUUAAAGUUCGAAAGUUCCUGGCCCGCCAGCCAACACUGCAUGUUACCAAGUUGUUCAGAAUUGACCCUUCACUAAACCCCUCCCCCUGAACAGUGAUUGUCCAAUCAUUUCUUAGCAACUGUAACUGGGCAUGUCAGGUCUGUACAGCCAAUCUUUGGAUUCCUCCAGUGGUGUGCACGGUUGCUUACAUGGUAUAGAAAAAGUUUGGAUAAAGGUUUCUUCAAUUACCAUUCCUAAACAAAUCCCAUAAGAGCGUAAGGAAUGGAUUUCACAUUGUUUUUCUCUGCUAUAAUGCUAGCUGCAAUCGUUAGCAUGCUCGGCUAACUAGCUUACUACCUACAGUAAUAACAGAGCAUUACCUCCAGGGCUCAGAGUCAGGGUUUUAUGACUUACAGUAGUAGCACAUUACUCUGAGAAGUUAACGGUAACGUUAAAAUGCCCCGUUCACGACUAGCACAUCCACUGUGUAGUUGAUAUUUACUGGAGUUGAUCAAGUUUAGAGUCCAGAAACCCCGGCAAUGUUUCAGGGUUAUGUUAGAAUGAAAUAGUAGUCUGAUCUCCUUUUAUCAUACAAACUAACUAGCGUAUUUACUUAUUUAGUGUUGCGUGUCUUUUAUGCCAGUUGAAGGCUAGCUUCAGUGUUACUCAAGUGCUCUUUGGCGUAUGUCGUUAAUUGGAACUGACUAACUAGGAGAAGUUUAUCCUCUACUUCGUAGACGCAGUGGAACAGGAAUUUGGUAGGAGAGAGUCGUUGAGCGCCGGAAUAAGUUAAGGAAAGUUCGACUUUGAUGUGUAGCGCGUUGCAACCAUCAUGUCGCACAAAGUGUCGGACAUCAGUUUGUAGCUUCGUGUUGCCGGCUUCCAUUGAAAAUGACUUGGAGCCUGUAGCUUUGUCUCUCGUCGUGGGAACACAGCAUUAGCCUCAGUCUUUAAGCAUUAUAUCAUGUAUGUACUACAGCCAUCAUUUGAUCAGAUAAAGACAGCGCUUUCAACCAACUCAUGAAUUUACCAUGAGCUUAAUUAGCUUAGCUAGCUAGCUAUCUACAGCCCAGCAGCAGUUGUCAUUGAAUGUCAUUCAGCAAAAUAGGUGAAAGAAACUAAGAGGAACGGGGCUUAGUGAAUGGGCAAUUAUUGCUUUAUGUCAACCAAUCCACAGAUACAGUUACUUUAUGUUUAUCUUUGCAUCUCUCAGCCUUAGCCUCCUGAUAUUAUGUAAAUGAUAACAGCACUUCUCUGAAUCAUGCAAAAUCUAACCAUGAAAUCUUCUGUAUAUGGCGUCAACCUCCUGUGAUCCCUCUGUUUCAUGUCCUUUGUUUGUUUGUUUGCCCUGUCAGUCAUGCACACAGAGUGGAAACUUUAGCGCCUGUAAAGCGGGAAAUAAACUAAACAUUCCACAGCGGGUGUUCACACGCUAACCACACGCUGUUUACAGUGCACGUAUGCAUAGUAUCUACAUGCAUGCACACAACUAAUCAGCCGUUUUCAUGUCAGCGUAGGCUGAUUUUCUUAUCAUUUCUGAUUCAUGUAAUCGGUCGAAACAUAACCCGAUUAAACACCAGAUUUUGUUCACUUUUUUGGAAUUAUGUUUUUAAAAGGUAAAUCGGUCCAGAUGAAGCCUCCUGAUUACUUAAUUAGUCUCUCUGAUUCCAGGAGAAAUUACAACUUUCUUACUUAAAGAUGAACUAAAUCAAACCUCCUCCUUAAUCUCAGCAGCAUAUUGUGUGCACCUGAACGUUAGCUCUGAUCAACUCCAAUAUGUGCCUCUUGAGAUUCACUGGUUAACAAGGUAUUUCUCUCCUUCACGCCAUUAAUGCAAUUUUCUUUCUACAGCAUUAUAAUACUGCUCUAUGAAUUCCUUUUGUACUCACUUUCAGUUCUAGGACGAUGACUAUUGUAUUUUUGAGGAGUUUCAUUAUAGAGGGGUUUCAUUUUAAUUGCUGGCAUGAAACUACUUCUUGGGAAAAGUUGUCAGAAUCUAGAGGGUGACGUAAAUUUGCUAUGAAACCCUUUAUUUCUGUUUGUGGCUCAUGUGGGCCAAAACCGUCUAAAUAAAUGUCUUUCGAC